AUGGCAGGAAUUGGAGCCUCAAUGACUUCUUCUAUCACCAUUUUUUUAGUGCUAUUCAUAUCUCUUAGCUUUCCUUCUCAAACCACCGCAAAUGGUUAUUUCUAUGAUUCACCACCACCUCCAACUCCGGUGUAUAAGCCUGCACCAGUAUAUAAACCUGCUCCAGUUUAUACGCCUGAACCAGUUUAUAAGGCUCCGGUCUACACGCCUAAACCAGUCUACACGCCUAAACCUUACUACAAGGUUCCGGUCUACACUCCUAAACCUGUCUACAAAGCUCCCGUCUACACACCUAAACCAGUCUACAAGCCUCCCGUCUACACGCCUAAACCAGUCUACAAAGCUCCCGUCUACACGCCUAAACCUUACUACAAGGCUCCGGUCUACACUCCUAAACCAGUUUACAAAGCUCCCGUAUACACACCUAAACCUUACUACAAGGCUCCGGUCUACACUCCUAAACCAGUUUACAAAGCUCCCAUAUACUCACCUAAACCUUAUUACAAGGCUCCGGUCUACAAUCCUAAACCAGUUUACAAAGCUCCCGUAUACACACCUAAACCUUAUUACAAGGCUCCGGUCUACACGCCUAAACCUUACUACAAGGCUCCCGUAUACACUCCUAAACCAGUCUACAAGGCUCCCGUAUACACUCCUAAACCAGUCUACAAAGCUCCGGUCUACACGGCUAAACCAAUCUACAAAGCUCCUGUCUACACGCCUAAACCAAUCUACAAAGCUCCUAAACCUUAUUACAAGGCUCCUGUCUACACUCCUAAACCUUAUUACAAGGCUCCCGUCUACACUCCUAAACCAGUCUACAAGGCUCCCGUCUACACGCCUAAACCAAUCUACAAAGCUCCCGUCUACACGCCUAAACCAAUCUACAAAGCUCCUGUGUACACGCCUAAACCAGUCUACAAGGCUCCCGCCUACACUCCUAAACCUUACUACAAGGCUCCCGUCUACACUCCUAAACCUUACUACAAGGCUCCCGUAUACACUCCUAAACCAGUCUACAAAGCUCCUAUCUACACACCUAAACCUUAUUACAAGGCUCCCGUCUACGCUCCUAAACCAGUGUACAAGGCUCCCGUCUACACGCCUAAACCAGUCUACAAGGCUCCAGUUUACGAGCCUACCCCAGUUUACAAACCUACACCAGUUUACAAGCCUCCCACCCCCAUCUACUAA